GUUGUUGGGGGGGUGCGCAGUACGCACUGCGCGCGAGAUAAAAGAGCAUCUCUUCGUCACAGACCAUUUCAAUUUGAUCCCUUGUCAACUGGUGAAGGUCUUCUUCGCUGCUGCUUCUCAGAAUUUCUAGGGUUUUCUUCCCAAAUCUCUCCGCUAUUUUCGGGGUUUUGGAAAUUCUCUUAAAUCUUUCGGUUACAUUCCGAUGAAAGGAGAAUUGCAGCUGGAGCCGAUCAUGGAAGUGAAUCCGACCGACUCCGAUCCCCUCCUCGAGAAGCGGGCAGUGCCAGAGUCUUCGGUGCCGGAAAGUAGCACCAUCGAGAUAACGGAUGGUGGUGUUGGUGACGAUGAAGAGAUUGAAGCCGGUUCUGCUGCUUGCUGCCGCAUCUGCCUCGAGUACAAUGGCGAACCAGGUGAAGAGUUGAUAUCUCCAUGCAUGUGCAAAGGCACCCAACAGUUUGUCCACCGUUCAUGCCUGGAUCAUUGGCGUUCAGUGAAGGAAGGAUUUGCUUUUUCGCAUUGCACAACUUGCAAGGCACAAUUCCAUCUUCAAGUAGAGUCUUUAGAGGAUAACUCAUGGCGAAAAUUGAAGUUCAGAAUUUUUGUGGCCAGGGAUGUUCUCCUUGUAUUCUUGGCGGUACAAACUGCAGUUGCUGCCAUGGGUGGUUUUGCAUACUUCAUGGACAAGAAUGGGAACUUCAGAAAUUCAUUCAGUGAUGGCUGGGACCAUAUAUUGUCCAAGCAUCCCAUACCCUUCUACUACUGUAUAGGGGUGUUGGCCUUCUUUGUACUGCUGGGAUUUUUUGGGUUGAUCCUACACUGCUCUUCUCUCAACAACAAUGACCCAUGUGCAGCCGGGUGCCGCAACUGCUGUUAUGGAUGGGGAAUCUUGGACUGCUUUCCAGCUUCCAUGGAAGCAUGCUUUGCUCUGCUUAUCAUCUUCGUCAUAAUCUUCGCCAUCCUUGGCAUAGCGUAUGGUUUUCUUGCUGCUACUAUGGCAAUCCAGAGGAUCUGGCAGAGACACUACCACAUCCUAACCAAGAGGGAGCUUACAAAGGAAUACAUCGUAGAGGAUCUUAGAGGGUGUUACACACCACCAAAGCUAGACCCUGAACAUGAAGAGCGUCUGAAAAUGCUCAAGCUCCUGUAGAGGUAAUGUUAAUGGUAUCUCAGGGGCUGAUUUGUGAUAACACAGAGUUUGAAGGCUUUUGUAAAAUAAAAUGAAUUUUCAAGCUAUCAUAAAUAAGAAAUUGGUGUUUAUUUGGCA